AUGGAGAAAUCUAGCCCUGGAGAGCCGACAACGCCGUAUGCUCUUGGCGAAUGCUACUGCGAGGUGUGCAAAAUAUUCAGGCUGAACGAGGCUGACUGGGAGAACGUGCGCCACAACAAGCUCCAAGCUGCCUCCCGUGACAUAGCCCGACAGGCUGAACUUGGUUGCAAGACAUGCAAGCUACUCGGCGAUGCCAUGGAGACGGUGUUCACCAUGUAUCCGCCGGCAUUCCCGAAAAACGACGCUCUCUUGGAACGCGAGCCUGCAUACUACCGACCGAACGCAGCAUUCAGAAUUGACGAUGGCCGCACAGAAAGGUAUCACGAGGCCUUUGAGAUCUAUUCCGAGCUUGUUUGGGUGACACGACAAUUGGGUUUCCGGUACCUCUGGAUAGAUGCUCUUUGCAUAGUACAAGACGAUCUGCACGACUGGGCUACUACUCUGGGUACUAUGGGAGACAUCUACGGUGAAGCAAGCCUUAACAUUGCGGCAGCGUCGUCCACCAACGGCGAUGGAGGCUGUCUGUAUGAGCGCAUCGGCGGGAAAGAGCUACCACUGCCUACAGAUCCUUCGCUCGGAUGUGACUUGUUUGUGCGCUGCCGCCCAGAGCACACUUUUGCGAACUCGUUAAAUGGCUGGCGUGCCGGAAUUACUUGGGUUGCACACCACCCACUCUCCUAUCGGAAAUGGUGCUUCCAAGAGCGCAUAGCGAGCCGGCAAACUCUGUUCUACACCAAGGGCGAGAUGGGCUGGGAAUGCCGAACGGUUGUGAAAUGUGAGUGCGAGCAGGUUCUUCUAGGCUCUCGUGGGAACAUGUAUUCUUCAGACUGCUUCUCUACGAAAUGCAGGCUUGUCCAAGCGACGGACCCUGCGUCUCUGUUAGUAAAGUCGGAGAAGGAAGGAGAACUCGAGCUGCUGGAUAUCUGGAUGCAGCUUGUGAUGGACUACAGUAUCCGCCAAAUCACGCACGACAGUGACAUCUUCCCUGCUAUGUCGGCAGUGGCUAGGAUGUUCGAGGGAAAGGGGCUUGGAAACUACCAUGCCGAGUGGGAUCAGAAGACCGAGCCGGUAUCAUCUGUGCGCAAACACAGCGUCGUUUGCCAGACCAUAGACGGUCAUGCUGGUCGCCUCAGUGGUGGUGUGCUGGAGCUGUCAUCACCAGCCGUCAGGACUAGCAUGACAACUAUUGUUGGCACGUCCUGGUUGGAAUAUGGAUACCAGGUACAGUUUGAGCACUGGAACGAGGAAUUUGUCUGCCAAUUCGAUGCGUAUGACGACUACAAGGAUGUCAAGGGCCUUGCAGUAUGGCUGCUUUACAUACUUCAUGCGGCCUACGACGAAGAGAUCUACCUCUUGGCAAGGUCGACCGGAGAUGGAACAGGAAGCUAUCGACGUAUUGCGCUUGUUUCCCACCAGAGAUGA